CGGUUUCCUGCCCACGUCGUUUGUCUCAGCCGAGAUGGCAGGAGGUACACGGAGAAAGUCUCCCGUGUCUCCGUCCCCCUUGUGGGGAACACUUCAGACACUCUGGCAGGACAAGCAUUUGGUCUUAUUUAAGACGGAGUACACGUUACUGGUCGUAUCAGUUUUGUGGUUCAUGGAAAUCGGAAUCAAUUUGUGGGUCAUACAGAAAGUAGCCUACACUGAGAUCGACUGGAAAGCCUACAUGGAUGAGGUGGAGGGAGUAAUCAACGGUACCUAUGACUACACCCAGCUUAAAGGAGACACUGGGCCUUUGGUGUAUCCAGCUGGAUUUGUCUACGUCUUCACAGCGCUAUACUACAUUACCAAUCAUGGGGUGAACAUUCGCAUGGGCCAGUACAUGUUUGCAGUUUUCUACCUCAUCACACUUCUGCUCGUCUUCAGGAUAUAUUGCCGCACUAAGAAGGUCCCUCCCUAUGUGUUCUUCUUUGUGUGUUGUGCCUCAUAUCGGAUCCACUCCAUCUUUGUGCUGCGUCUCUUUAAUGAUCCAGUGGCCAUGAUGUUACUGUUUGCAGCUGUCAAUCUCUUCAUGGAUGGAUACUGGACCAUGGGCUGCAGCCUUUACAGUUUAGCAGUAUCUGUGAAAAUGAAUGUGCUUCUUUUUGCCCCUGGGUUACUUUUCCUUCUCCUGUCAGAGUUUGGUCUGAUCAGGACAAUCCCGAAACUUUCACUUUGUGCAGGCAUACAGCUUUUGCUGGGCCUCCCAUUCCUCUUAGAAAAUCCCGUUGGUUAUGUAACUCGGGCAUUUGAUCUUGGCCGCCAGUUCAUGUUUAAGUGGACAGUUAACUGGCGCUUCCUGCCAGAGUGGCUUUUCUUGAAUCGCUACUUCCACUUGAUCCUGCUGGCUGCUCAUCUGCUCAUCCUGUUGUUCUUUGCUUUCCGCCGCUGGAAAAGAUCUGAAGAAAGCAUCUUUGAACUCUUCAAGGAACCAAACAAGAGGAAAAUUCCUGCUCAGAAAAGCACCGUGGAUCAGAUGGUUCUGAUUCUGUUCACAUCUAACUUCAUUGGCAUGUGCUUCAGCCGUUCAUUGCACUACCAGUUCUACGUGUGGUAUUUCCACACGCUGCCUUACCUGCUCUGGAGUGGAGGAGUCAAGAAGUUGGCCCACCUGCUCAGAGUCCUGAUCCUGGGUCUGAUUGAGCUUUCGUGGAACACAUAUCCCUCAACCAACAGUAGCUCAGCCGCCCUCCAUGUCUGCCACCUCAUUAUUCUCCUCUCUUUAUGGCUGGCUCCACCCCUGCCUUCAGCCCCACCAGAAACACAUGAACACAAAGCUGUUAAGGACAAACGCCACUGAGCCGCAGCCUGAUCGGACCAGGAGUUGUAUGCGGUCUAAUCAGCUGCUGAACAGCUUCCCUCAUCAUCCUCUCUUUGAUGCUCACCAUCCAUGCAAAGGGAGAUGACUGUGGUGGACUGUUUCUGAGUGGAUAAAAGGAGCCAUUUGAUGCUUCUCAUCUCAGCGCGCUGCUUAAAGUGACGGAAGCAAACAUGGAGGUGCAGACAGACACCUGCACGGUGUAAUGGCUUGUAGUUGUCACUUGCAGUUAAAGAGAUGAGAGAACAAAUGAUAGAUUCUCAGGUUUCAUUUUCAGGCACAUAAUCAGAGCCAUGAAUGUUUUUCUGUAUUGAAAUGUUUUAUAUUGGUUACAGAAUAUUCCUGCUGACGUUAAAACUGCAUCCUAUCUAUGCAUUUUUGCUCUUUGUAUUUUAUUAUUUUCAGCAUUAGACAUUUAUUAGUGCACAGGUUAUUUUAUACUGUAUAUUGAAUAAUGUUAAUUAUACCCCAAAGAGGUACAAAUAUAUCCAUAAGCUUUAGGUUAACCUCAUAUUUAACUUAAAUUUAUUACAUUUUUCCUGCCACAGUGGGAGUACUCUCAAAGCCAAUUUCUUUUUUUUUUUAUUUUUUUAAUAGUAUUUUCAAUAACGCAUAAAAGUAGGCUGUAGAAAAUGAUUGCUGGUCUGAUUUGUUAUUCAUCCUCUAAUUGAACAUAUACUUAAAUUAAAACUAAAUAAUAUGCUGUAAAUUCAAACAGCACAAGUGUUUUAUGUU